AUGUUUCGCAUCCUCGAAUCCCAAGCUCCCGCGCGGCAGACAGCGACUGACACGAUAAAUACGCUGAGCAGUCGGCUGCAGAGCUCUACGCUGCUGGAAGAUCGCCGGGCAGCUAUACUUGGGCUCCGGAGCUUCGCCAAGGGAUAUCCUGCGUCUGUUGCAUCCGAGGCCCUGAGGCCACUGAUCACUUCUCUCCGCAACGAUGUUGAGGACGUUGAUACUAUCAAGCUGGUCCUGGAGACUCUGCUGAUGCUUUUUUCUCCGGAGGAGAAUAGCAAUGGACAGAGACAAGAUAAUAUCACAAUCCUCCUUGACCUUCUAGACACCAAAGAAUUUUACUCCCGGCUCUACUCCCUCCAGUUGAUAUCUCAGAUUUCGGCAGCUCGCCCGGAGAGAACACAGGAAUGUAUAUUGACAGCACCAUUGGGCAUAUCUAGGAUUGCUGCGGUAUUGGAUGACUCAAGAGAGCCGGCUCGUAAUGAGGCACUUCUUCUUCUCAUUGCACUCACAGUUUCUUCUGCUGAGUUGCAGAAAGUUGUGGCCUUUGAAAAUGCUUUCGAGCGGAUAUUUUCCUUGAUAGAAGCUGAGGGGUCUCUGAAGCAUGGAUCUAGGACACUAGAGGAUUGCCUGGCUUUGCUGGCCAACCUUUUACAAUUGAACCCCUCGAACCAAUCUUUUUUCCGGGAGACAGGUUGCGUGAGGAAGCUUGUCCUGCUUUUGGAAGAUGCAAUGAAGGAUCGUAAGCCUGAGGAAGAAUUCCCAGUCUGGAUGCUGGAGCAACGCAAUAAAAAUAUCUGGGGAAUCCUUGCUAUUAUCCAGCUAUUUCUUGUCAAGCGCGGUAUCAGCACUCCAGUAAACCAGAUGGCUUUCUGGCAGAGUGGAGCCAUGCAACAACUGCUUAGAGCUGCAUUCAAUGAAGAAUUUGAUGUUUCUCUCAAAUCAAAGGCUCUCCUUGCAGCUUCGGACUUGAUCUGUUCCAAUGCAACGCUCCAGGAAAAGUUUUCAGAUAUGGAAGUUACCAUAACUUCUACACCGGUGGAUCAGAAGCUGGUUAAUGGAAAUGCACCAGCCCGGAGUGUCGAAAGGCUUAACGUUCUAGAAGCAUUGUUGCGCCUGACCUUGCAACAAGGCCCGAUAAACAUGCUGGAUGCUCGCCUCGCGUCUUGUGACUGCAUCCAGGCUUUCUUUACGAAUCAUUCAGGAAUCAAGCUUCACUUUUUGAACAGAGCAAUAAGCGGCCACACAGGUGGCGGCGAUGAGAUUCCAAACAUAUUGUCUAUCCUUAUCCGCCCAUUGGAUUUCGAUACUACGAAAGAUCCUUACCAGCUAUGGCUAGCCUCUGUCCUGCUAUUUCAUCUAAUAUAUGAAGACUCUGAAGCUAAGGCUGCCGCAAUGAAAGUUACUGAGGGCGAUGCCGAAAGUGGGGAAGAGGUGGUAACGUGUGUUCAGGCAAUUGCUGGUAAUUUGAUCACCGGUAUCCAGCGCAAUGAUGACGAGAGAAUAUCGGUUGGAUACUUGACCUUACUCUGUGGCUGGCUAUUUGAAGACCCAGACGUUGUUAACGACUUCUUGGGUGAGGGAAGCAGUAUCCAAAGCCUGAUCCAAGAAGCCAAACAGGAGGGUUCCCCAGAGUCACUUCUUCCGGGGCUAUGUGCUGUUCUUCUUGGGAUUAUAUACGAAUUUUCAACAAAGGACUCCCCUAUUCCCCGGUCAACCCUACAUCAAUUGCUGAUCAGCAGGCUUGGAAGAGAGCAAUAUAUUGACAAAAUCACAAAACUUCGCGAGCACCCACUGGUUCGGGACUUUGAGGUUCUACCACAAACGGUCCAGGGGCAACAUGACUCUGGGCUUCCUGACAUCUUCUUUAAGAAAACCUUUGUGGAUUUCCUAAAGGACGAUUUUAGCCGACUCAUUCGGGCUAUUGACCGCGAUCCUGGAAUGGAAGUACCUGUACUGGCAAAUGGAAUUCCUAAGGGGAUCUCGCGCGAACUAGUGGACAACUUGAGAGCUCAGGCUGAAGAGCGAGCACAGGCUAUUCAGAACCUGGAGUCAGAGAUGUUGGAUCUGCAGCGUAAGCUAGACCAGGAGCAUAUGGACCACAAACGGACCAAAGAUUCUACCAACCAUGAGUUACAUAGGCUCAAUCAGGCCAAUGAGUCAAUGAAAAAGACGCACCAGGCCGAAUUGUCUAGAUUGGAGGAGCAACAUACGUUGGCCAAGAGUGAACUUGUCAGGAACCAUGGUGAGCAACUGCAUGCUCUCGAUAACCAACUAAAACAAACUGCUAGUGAGCAUGAAAGGCGAACUACUGAACUUAGGGACAUGCAUGAAAGCGAGGUCACAGAAUUGAAGCAAAUGGUGCAGAAACUAGAGGCGAGCCUUGAUAAGGCUAACAAGGACCACAUCCUGGACCUCCAGACUGCCCAUGAAGAGUACUCGACAAAUCUAUCGAAUCUAGAAGCGAAGAACCAACGAGCAGAGGAAAAGGCGCGGCAGGCGGAGGAACAUAACAAGAUGCUGGAGAAGAGCUUGAAGGAAGCUCGGGAACGAGCCGAGAAGCUGCAAAAGGCCAGUGAGGAGAGCGAAGCCGCUCGCAAAUCAGCACAGAACGAAUUAGAAGAUCUGCUGAUAGUGUUCAGUGACCUUGAAGCAAAGAGGAAAGCAGACAAGAAACGGUUGGAAGCCCUAGGCGAAGAAGUAUCCGACAUUGACGAAUAUGAAGAUGAGGACGAGGAUGAUGAGGACGAAGAUGAAGGGGACGCGGAAUGA